AUGGAGCCAAAUGGCACGCCCGAUGAAAAUGCGUCGUAUCGAUACCUGAGCACUCGCGGAGAGGAUACUGGAUUCUCAUUUGAGGAAGUCGUCCUAAACAGCGUCGCCCCUGAUGGUGGCCUAUACAUCCCUGAAGAAAUCCCACGUGCUACUGCGUGGGAAUCGUGGAGAAACCUCACGUUCCCAGAGCUUGCCUUCGAGAUCAUGUCACUCUACAUUUCCCCUUCCGAAAUCCCUCCCGCCGACCUCAGAGACAUCAUUGCGCGCAGCUAUUCCACGUUUCGAUCCCCAGAGAUAACGCCCUUAGUCCGUCUCAGAGAGAAGCACCAUCUCCUUGAGCUGUUCCAUGGCCCUACAUUUGCCUCCAAGGACAUUGCUUCGCAGUUCUUGGGCAACCUGCUCGAGUAUUUCCUCAUCAGGAAGAACGAGAGCAAAACAAGCACCGCAGCAGAUCGACAUCAUCUCACCUUUGUUGGUGCCACCAGAGGUGAUGCCGGCUCCGCUGCCAUGUACGGCCUGAGAGGCAAGAGAGACAUCUCCGUCGUUGUCAUGUUCCCUGAAGGACAGAUUGCCCCUGUUCAAGAAGCUCAGAUCACGACAGUGCCGGACGAGAAUAUCUCUAGUUUGGCCGUCGAUGGCACCUUUGAGGACUGUCAGAAUAUCUUGCGCAGCCUACGCGCCGAUAGGCAAGCCAACGAAGAUUUUGACCUUGUCAGCUCGAGGAACUGGGCUCAGAUCCUGGCCCAGAUAGUGCUCUACUUCUACUCGUAUUUUGCCCUUACCAAGCAGUCUGCGUCCUUCAAGCUCGGCGACAAGAUCCGAUUUGUGGUUCCAACUGGCAAAUUCGGUAGCAUCCUCGCCGGAUAUUUCGCAUUACAUAUGGGCCUGCCAAUCGAGAAGCUCGUCAUUGCCACCAACGAAAAUGACAUCCUCGAUCGCUUCUGGAGGACGGGACGGUAUGAGAAGCAGCGCCCCGGCCGUGUUGGGCCCUCUGGCGCCGUGCUUGGAUCCGGCCUCAGAAAGACUCUCAGUCCUGCGAUGGAUGUCCUGACAUCCCACAACUUUGAGCGUCUUCUGUGGUUCCUCGCCUGCGAGUUUGCGUCGAGCGCCGGCAUGGACCAUUAUUGGAACCAGAGACAAGCGAGCCAGGAAGUAUGUAAGUGGUUCCGAGAACUCGACGAAAAGGGGUCGUUUGGCCCAGUAUACCGCGACGUCAUCAGGUGUGCGAGGCGGGAAUUCGAGAGCGAACGAAUCACAGAUGAGCAAACCCUCGACACUAUCAGAGCUUUCUAUCGACAUUCAGGAUACGUACUGGAUCCUCAUUCUGCCGUCGGCGCUGCCGCGACAGUACGGUCAAUCUACCGCACUCGCGGCGUUAUCCAUCACAUUUCGUUCUCGACAGCUCACCCGGCCAAGUUCUCCGAUACGAUAGUCAGGGCGCUUCAGGGCGAAGAGGGUUUCAGCGUGGAGGACAAGGUGCUAGCUGCAGAAUUUGCCGAUCUCGAGAAGAGGGAGAAGAAGGUGACUCCGAUGGAGAAUGAUUGGCAAAAAGUUCGAGAGUACAUCAGGGCCCGGAGAGGACACGGCGGCAUCGCAUGA